AUGUCACGCAACACUGUUGUCAACAAAGUAGAGAAAGUUGCUCUUGAAAUGAAAAUCAAUUUGAAAACUUCUCUAAGUGGAAUUGAGUUCAUUGCAACUACCACUGACUGCUGGACAGCAUACAGGCGUGGAUUCCUUGGUGUCACAGCCCAUUGGAUAGACCCCCAAACUAUGAAGAGAUGUUGCGCUGCCCUGGCCUGCAAACAGCUGAAAGGGUCACAUUCUUUUUCUGCCCUUGCCAGUGCUCUGAAUGAGAUCCACACUGAGUUUAACAUCCGUGACAAGAUUACCCGCACCACAACUGACAACGGCUCGAAUUUUUUAAAAGCUUUUAGAUUGUAUGGUCAAACCAACGAAAACAUCAACAAUCCAGCACCUACAGCAGCGAGUGGUGAAGAAGAUGAUGAUGGUGGUGAAGAUGAGAAUAAUGAAGACCAGGAUAGCGUGGAGUUUGUUGAAGCUGGAGCCAUAUUAGAUGAAGAUGACUGCCUGGAGUAUCAGCUUCCAAAACACCAUCGUUGCGCCUGCCACCUUCUGAACCUGGUGUCAACUGUUGAUGUUGAGGAGGCAAAUGUCAGCACGGUGUACAAGCGGGUCUCACGUUCAACGUUUUCAAAGUGCUGGAGCCUUUGGAAUAAGAGCGCCAGAUCCACCACAGCAGCUGAGAUCAUUGAAGAAAAUUGCAAACUCCAGCUUUUGAGGCCUAACGCUACAAGAUGGAAUUCACUUUUCUUAGCAGUGGAAAGGAUUGUGAGAAUUGCAAGAGAACAAGGAGAAGGAGCCAUCACAGCUGUUUGCAGUGCACUUAAGAUCCCCAUGUUCACUCCUGUCGAGAUUGCAUUUCUGACAGAAUAUGCAAAGACGAUGAGACCGGUCGCAAAGGCCCUUGAUGUUCUUCAAGGAGAGACCAAUGUGCAUAUGGGGUGGUUGGUCCCUACAAUAACGCUUCUCAAGGCUAAGCUCCAGCACUUUUGCAUUUCCUCAAAGUUCUGUGGGCCCUUGAUUGAUGCACUCCUAGCAGGCAUUGAAAAACGGUUCGGACAGAUCCUUGCCGAUCCAGAGCUGAUUGCUGCAGCAAUCCUAGUCCCAAAAUUCAAGACUAGCUGGACCAGUGAUGAAUGCAUCCUAAAACUUGGUAAGUGUUGCACUGUUUGCUUUUUGAUAGAAGCUAAUAGAGGAUAUUCCUGCUUUGAAGUAUCUCUAACAUACUAACAGUGCAAACCAAUGACAGCGUGGCAGCGAAGCGUAAUUCUAAUUCCCAUGCAUUUCAACAGGAGACAAUCCAUUGUGACAUAGACCACCGUUUUAAGCGAAACCAGCAGAAAAAGUUUAAUCCUUGAAAAAUUGCAGGACUGUGGUGUUUGGGCUUGUUGUUUUCCUGUUAUGUUAUAUAAAGACAAGUGACUAGAUAGCAUACUAACUGUCUAUCCUGCUAACUAGCUCACUAGUCAAGUCUCUUAUGCUAUUUCCACACCCUACACCACGCCUACUCAAAGCGUUGGAAGCGUAAUGCACCAUAAGAAAUUACGUAGGAAAUCAAAAGCAAUCUUUAUUUGUAAGCCAUAUAAAGUUGAUAAAAAUCAUAAUGCCAUCUUUCAGUGUUGUAAUUUCAAUGUUUUAAUCCAGGUCCAUGGUCCAAUUUGGUCCUAUUUUUGUUUUUCUAUUCCAUAGGCCUUGAC